CAUACGACACCGUUUUAGUAAACAUUGUUCUCUAUCUGGAACCUUCUAAUCCUCUGACUCUUUUCUAACCGGAACUAGAAUAAUCCUCCACCAUCGAUAUAAGCUCUUUGAAGUUCAAAACCCUAAACCCUCGAAAACACUUGAGUACAAAAACCUCUCAAUCACUCCCCUCUGCUUAUUCCAUUUCUUCGUCAAUUCAUCCGGUUUCGGCCAUGGCAGCAGCCGCGGUGCUUCGCUCUCUUCGCCGCCGUGAUGUCGCCUCUGCUUCCGUCUCAGCCUUUCGUUCGUUGUCGGGUAGCACUAAACCAGCUUAUGUAGCUCACAAGUGGUCAAGUUUGUGUCGACCAUUCAGUUCUCGGCCUGCUGGAAAUGAUGUCAUCGGUAUUGAUUUGGGUACUACAAAUUCCUGUGUUGCUGUUAUGGAAGGAAAGAAUCCUAAAGUUAUUGAAAACUCUGAAGGUUCUCGAACAACACCAUCUGUGGUUGCUUUCAACCAGAAAGGGGAGCUGCUUGUUGGUACACCGGCAAAACGUCAGGCAGUAACAAACCCAACAAACACCGUUUUUGGUACCAAGCGGUUGAUUGGUCGGCGCUUUGACGAUCCCCAAACACAGAAGGAGAUGAAAAUGGUUCCUUACAAGAUUGUUAAGGCUCCAAAUGGAGAUGCGUGGGUUGAAGCUAAUGGCCAGCAAUAUUCUCCUAGCCAAAUUGGUGCCUUUGUUCUCACCAAGAUGAAGGAGACAGCAGAAGCUUAUCUAGGGAAGUCAAUUUCCAAGGCUGUAAUUACUGUCCCAGCUUACUUCAAUGAUGCUCAGAGGCAGGCAACAAAAGAUGCUGGUAGAAUUGCAGGUCUUGAUGUGCAGAGAAUUAUCAAUGAGCCAACAGCUGCAGCACUUUCAUAUGGGAUGAACAACAAAGAGGGCCUUAUUGCGGUUUUUGAUCUUGGAGGUGGAACAUUUGAUGUCUCUAUCUUGGAAAUCUCUAAUGGUGUCUUUGAGGUGAAAGCAACAAAUGGUGACACAUUCUUGGGAGGAGAGGACUUUGACAAUGCCUUACUGGACUUCCUUGUAAGCGAAUUCAAGAGGACCGACAGUAUUGACCUUUCAAAAGACAGGCUUGCUUUGCAGAGACUUCGUGAAGCAGCAGAGAAGGCUAAGAUAGAACUGUCUUCAACAUCUCAAACGGAAAUAAACCUUCCUUUCAUCACUGCUGAUGCAUCUGGUGCUAAGCAUCUGAACAUCACAUUGACCAGAUCCAAGUUUGAGGCUUUGGUGAAUCACUUGAUUGAAAGGACCAAGGCACCAUGUAAGAGCUGCUUGAAGGAUGCUAAUAUAUCUAUCAAGGAUGUUGAUGAGGUCCUUCUUGUGGGAGGGAUGACCCGUGUGCCUAAAGUCCAGGAAGUGGUUUCAGCUAUCUUUGGAAAGUCUCCUAGCAAAGGAGUAAAUCCUGAUGAGGCAGUUGCCAUGGGAGCAGCAAUCCAGGGUGGUAUCCUACGUGGAGAUGUUAAAGAGCUAUUGCUACUUGAUGUUACCCCACUUUCUCUUGGUAUUGAGACUUUGGGUGGUAUUUUUACUAGGUUGAUCAACCGCAACACUACUAUUCCUACCAAAAAGAGUCAGGUGUUUUCAACAGCAGCUGACAACCAAACACAGGUGGGUAUCAAGGUGCUGCAAGGUGAGAGGGAAAUGGCUGCAGACAACAAAAUGCUUGGAGAAUUUGAGCUCGAGGUUACAUUUGACAUUGAUGCCAAUGGAAUUGUUACCGUCUCUGCCAAAGACAAGUCAACUGGUAAGGAACAACAAAUCACAAUCCGAUCAUCCGGUGGACUCUCAGAUGAUGAGAUUGAGAAGAUGGUUAAAGAAGCGGAAUUGCAUGCUCAGAGAGACCAAGAAAGAAAGGCUCUCAUUGACAUCAGAAACAGCGCUGAUACUACCAUCUACAGCAUUGAGAAGAGUUUAGGGGAAUACAGGGAAAAGAUUCCUAGUGAAGUGGCCAAGGAAAUUGAGGACGCAGUUUCAGAUCUAAGAAAGGCAAUGUCAGGAGACAAUGUUGAUGAGAUUAAGGCAAAGCUUGAUGCCGCAAACAAGGCGGUCUCCAAGAUUGGUGAGCACAUGUCAGGUGGGUCAAGUGGCAGCUCAUCUGCCGGAGGUUCUCAGGGUGGUGAGCAGGCUCCCGAGGCAGAAUACGAGGAGGUGAAAAAGUGAACCAAGUAGUGGUUUGUAGACAGUUAUUCUAUCUGAUUUUUUAUCCCUCGAUUUACAGGUGAACAAAUGAAUCAUCUUUUUGAUUUAGUAGGAGAGAGUAUAAAAGGUUACGUAAUUUUGUAACUAAUUAUUGGAGGUAACUUUUUACCCGGAGUGUUUUCAAUUUGUAGUGCUGAUUCACGCUGUUUGAAUAACGAUAUUGGCAAUUUUGCCCUGUGUUUUUUGUUC